AUGGAUUCCGGAACACAACUAGAGAAACUACGGGAGGUUGUCAAGACGAUCGAGGACGUUGACGGCGCUGUUCCUGCUGCGUUGGCGGCAAUGCCAACAGAUGGGUUGCUCAAUGUGGCUUCGCAGGUGAAGAUGCUCAUUGAUGCCAUUCCGGACACCAUGGGGGUCAGUUUGGGUGUUUGUGGGGCUACAGAGCGGGCUGUUGAUAUGGUCUCUCCAAACGACACGACGGGACCUUUGGAGACAGCAGCAGAGGAAGGUGGAUUUGCGGAGCCAUUGUCAAUGUCACGUCCGUUACGAGCACCAUUGGCGGCUACAACGUCGACAGUUUCGAAGACAACACGGUCGGAUUCGUUAGUGUCACCUUUGGAAACAAGUACGGGAGCAACUAUGGCUGUUGUGGAACCAUUGGCAGCAGUGGAAGAAGCGUUGCCCCAGACACUAGUACAGACAGGACCCGCCAAGGCCACCACUAUAGGACAACGGUUUGGAUAUCCUGCGCCGCCGCCGUUGUCGACAUACAACGGCAAGAUUGGACGGUCCUUCUACACUUCUGCAUACAAUGCCUCAACACCCAUCUUACCCAAUUCGCAGGUGGCGUAUUCGAGUAACCAGGGGAGUGAAUGGAUCUUGUGCCGUGUGCUGAAGGUGUUAACGGAGACGAGGUUUGAGAUCCAGGACCCUGAGCCUGAUGAGUCGCAUCCACACGGACAAAUCUUCCGUGCCCAUUACAAGCAGGUUAUUCUCGUCCCCGUGCAUUUGCAGCCGUCGGCCAUUGCCAAGUUGAAGACGUACAAGGUGGGGAUGAGGGUGUUGGCCAAGUACCCGGAGACCACGACCUUCUACAAGGCGGAGGUUGUGGGCAACGAUGGGGACGAGUGUCUGCUACAGUUCGAAGGAGAGGAGGAGGCAGAGAAGACCACACGGGUACAUCGUGCGUUUGUUCUACCAUGUCCGAAAUGA